AUGAAAAUCAUAUCUUGGAAUGUGAGAGGUCUCGGGAGCAAAAGGAAAAUGGUGGUGGAGACAAAGAAAGAAGUUUUUGACAAAAGGCUUGCAGCUGGUAUUUGUGGGUCUAGAUUCAAAGAGUGGGUUUAUGCCCCCUCAAGGGGUAGGUCUGGUGGGAUUGUGGAAGAAAUUCAAGCAGUGGUGGAGGGGGAAGACCAGAUUAACGGGUGGGAGGGCUACAAAUUCUCUAGAAGGUUGAGGACUCUAAGACAUAAAAGGAAGGACUGGAAUAAAGAAGUAUUUGGGGAUUUGGUCUCUGAAAAGAAAGAGGCGGAGGCUAGAAUUGCUGCUCUUGAUUUGAUGGAAGGGCAGGGAGGGUUAGAUAUUAAUUUAAGAAAAGAAAGGGAAGGUUUAUACCUUCUGGUGAGUGAUUUAGUUUACAAAGAAGAGGUGAAGUGGAGACAAAGUGGGAAAAUUCAGUGGGCAAAAGAUGGGGACAGCAACACUAAGUUUUUUCAUCGCAUAGCAAGCGGCAGAAGGAAGAGGAAUCUAAUUCAGAAGUUGGAAGUAGAGGGCUAUGGCGUGGUGGUCAGUGAAGGGGAAAUUGAAUUGGAGAUCAUUAACAUCUUCAAAAAUCUAUACAGCAGCAAUGCUGAGGCGAGGUGGUGCUUGGAAGGGUUGAAUUGGAAUGCAAUUAGUGCGGAGGAGGCUGAAUGGCUGGAAAGACCCUUUGAAGAAGAAGAGAUUAAAAGGGCGGUUUUUGAUUGCGGGACUGAUAAAUUGCCAAGACCAGAUGGUUUUUCCAUGCUUCUUUUUCAGUCUUGCUGGGAUAUUGUGAAAGAGGAUAUUAUGAAAGUCUUGGAGGACUUCUUCAAUUGUGGCAUAAUCAAUGCAAUCACAAAUGAGACGUUUAUUUGCCUCAUUCCCAAAAAGAAGGAAUCCAUUAAAGUUAGUGACUUCCGACCAAUCAGCCUGGGUGCUUUUGUGAAGGGUCGGCAGAUUUUGGACGCGGCCUUGAUUGCCAAUGAGGUGGUGGAGGAAAGUCGAAAGCUUAACAAGUUAGGAAUGGUAAUCAAUUUUGAGAAAGCCUAUGAUCAUGUGGAAUGGAGAUUCGUUGAUGAGGUUAUGAUUAGAAAAGGCUUUGGGGAUAGGUGGAGAAGUUGGAUUCGAGGAUGCCUCGAGACGGCUAAUUUCUCUGUGAUGAUUAAUGGAAGACCAAGGGGAAAAUUUAGGGCCUCAAGGGGUCUGAGACAAGGAGACCCGCUCUCCCAUUUCCUGUUCACUUUGGUGAUAGAUGUUAAGUAG